AUGUCAUCACCUGCUAGUGACAUGAGCAACGUGACGCUCACUCUUCCUGCUUUGAAGCGAUCAAGAAGUGCUAACAUCGGUGUCAUUACCCGAUCGGAAAAUGCCGUCUCAGCAAUCUUCAACAAAGAGGCAUCUGCUCUAACCUACAAGGAAAUUGGAACUCUCAAGGCCAAUCUCACGAUGUGCGAACGAAAGAAAAAGGAACUGGAAGAGCUUAAUCAGCAAAUUUCAAAUGUUCUAAACGAUGAUGAAGAUGCACUUGAAGUUGAAUUGGAAGAAGCUGAGAAAAUCUACCUUCAAGUAGAUUGUUUGAUGGAAAUGAUCACAACUAUGUUAGAUGACCGAGGAAAAUAUUCAACUGAAUCGGUCAAAGAUGACGACAGCGCAAGCGGAACAGGAUCCUACAAAUCCACUUCCCAACGUGGUGCUGGCCGAAACCAAGAUACUUGCCUGAAGUUGCCGAAACUGAAUUCGCCAACAUUUAGCGGAAGAAGACAAUGGGAACUUUCCUGCGUGGGAAGUGACGUGCCAAAAAUCAAACAGAUGAAGAAGUUCUUGGAGGAACGAUCUCGCGCCCUAGAAGCUACGAAGGACCUCCAGUUACCUUCAAUUCAUAGAAAAAAUCGUCAAGGAAAUUCAGACCAAUCUGGAAACUCUAAGAAAGAUGACAAGGUACAGACAUACCACACGAACUCUGCUAAGACGAUCAUCUGCCCAUGCUGCAGUGGUGAUCACCGCGUGUAUCAAUGCACAAAAUUUCAGGAAAUGUCUAUUUCCAAUAGAAGACAAGAAGCCAAAUCAAAGCGAUUAUGCUUCAAUUGCCUGUCCCUUGGACACCAAAAUCAUGAGUGCAAGUCGAAGUCAACGUGCCAAACCUGUCGAAAGGGUCAUCACUCGUUACUUCACAUCCAUACAGACCCAAACAAGCAACCGGGACCUGAAAAUAAGUUUGCGGGUCACGGGGGUACUACCGGUGCCACUACCAUACUGGGAACUGUACUAAUUGAGGUGAAAACUGCAAAUGGCGGUUAUCACAAUUGUCGAGCCUUACUGGACAGCGGAUCUGAAUGCAGUUUCGUUACAACCAGCUGUGCUAACCGACUCAAGCUACCAAUCAAGAAAUUGACCCUUCAACUAACUCGAGUUGGCGGAGGAGCAAAAACUGUGAAAGCUGGUUCUGUCAAUCUGGAAACAAAGGAUUCUCAGAAUCAAUCUCUACAUAUUGAAGCUUUCACUCUUCAAAAACUUUCUGGCUACCUGCCCAGAGAACGGGAAACAGCCAUACUACAAAAUGGACGAUUCACCAUGCAGCUGCCUUUCAAGCCCAAUAGUCAACUUGGCGACAAUUUAGCACAAGCAAAACGCAGAUUCAAUUAUCUCGAGCGACGACUGGAACAGAAUCCAGAACUAAAAGAUCGCUAUACCGCAUUCAUAGACGAACUUCUCGAUAUGGGGCAUAUGGAGUACAUACCGCCUGGAGAAAUCGAAAAGCCAGUUGAUAGCGUAUAUUAUCUGCCACAUCACUGCGUUUUCAAGGAAGAUUCUACUACCACAAAGCUACGUGUAGUUUUCGACAGAUCUGCAACAACAUCAACCGGACAAUCACUCAACGACACUUUGAUGGUUAGUCCCACGGUACAAGACGACCUCUACUCGAUAAUCAUGCGCUUCAGGUUCUAUCCAAAUGCUUUAUCAGCAGAUAUCGCAAAAAUGUACCGACAAGUUGCUCUAGAGGACAAAUCGAAGGAUUUUCAUCGCAUUUUGGAGAUCAAAUAA